AUGCUUUUCUGUUUCAAUCUUCCUGCCAAAUUGACAAAAGCAGCAGACUACCCUACAUUUGCUUCUGGUAAUCAUAGACCAUAUAAGAUGGAUGACAAUGCAAAUUGUAUAAGCAGCCCCCACUAUUCGAAUUCUAGUCUAUCUAGAUUUUCAAGUCAAGCAAUCUCUGGCCAAGAUGAGACGAGAAACGAUGUAAUAUCUGAUCAAAAAGACAUUGAAACUCCAAGCAACAAAUGGGCAAGAAGAAAAGUACCGAUGCUGAUUCCCCUUCUAGUGGAAUACCAUGGGAUAUCAACAAAUAUCGGGUCUGAGUUCUUGAAAUUUGCAAGAGAGAAAAUUGAAAAUGUAGUGGACGUGAAGACCAAAGAAUCUCACAAUCUAGAAGUGAAGCCUCUGCAUGCAUUCAUUGAUGAGUUUGAACAAGAAGUCCAAGAAUUAUCUCAUGAUGACGACAAAGUUACAGUAGAUGGAAAUUCUGAGGACAUGAAAGUUCUUUGGCCUGGAAGUGGAUGGACGCCAGUGCCCCUUGUUGAUUUAAUAGAAGCAAAUUCAGUGAAACGAUCAUAUCAAAAGGCUUUGCUCUGCCUACAUCCCGAUAAACUGCAACAGAAAGGAGCUGCUUCUCAUCAAAAAUAUAUUGCGGAAAAAGUUUUUGAUAUUCUGCAGGAGGCAUGGGAUCAUUUCAAUGCAAUUGGACUUUAA